AUGGCUGUGGAGCACAAGAGCACCGCGAUCGCCAUCUGGGUAUCAUGUGCCGUGCUGCUGGUCGUGGUCGUCUCCCUCACCAUCUUUUUGUCUCUCCGUCAGCGUCGGCGGCGCGCCGCGCGACUGAGGCGCCGCCUCUGCCUCAAGUCUUUUACUGAUGGCCAGCAGCGAUACGCGAAUAAUGAUGCGUGGGGCACCGAGGGCGUGAGCUCUGUUUUGAGCCCAGUUGCUCUGCACGGCAGCGCCGCGGCGGCGUUUUACCGCGGGUUUGAGCGUUACGCUGGGGAGGAGCUGGAGGCGAUACCGCCGCCCGCUAGCGCCUCUAGCUUCCCUACACCUCUAGUCGUUUACUUGCGCGUCCGUGCCGAGCGGGUGUACACGGAUGCCUGUGACAUUCUCGUAACCGUCGAUCGGCUGCGCGACAGUCUGCCGUCUGACUGCAGCAGUUUCCAAAUCCUGGGCAACGACGGCUACUACCACAACGACUUUCUUCUCUACACGGCACCGCUGGAGUUUCGUGUACCAGGCUUGUACAUGAUUCAGGCGCACACGGUGCACCCCGUUGAUAAGGUAGUCGGCGCCGUGCACAAGUUUGCUUACGUGGUGACUGGGGUGGCCCCAUCAAGUGGGCUGACGCCGCCACUACCGCCGGCGAAUCCGCCCCUGCUCACGUACGCGGAGAGUAGCUCAGCAAACAACAACACAAGCUCGAUUGAUAUUGACAUUGCACGGCGACAGGCGGAGCGGGCACAGGCUAACAGGGAUGAGCUUCGACAGACUUCGCACGUGAGUCCGCCUGCGCAUAUGCAAGCCCCCUCCGCUACGGUGGAGCCCUCAGCGGACGCCGUCAGUGACGUGCCGCUGCCACCGGUCAUCUCCCCCAGCGGGGGAGAGGUGACCACGUCCACAGAGAUCGUCAUUACACCGCACGAGCUGAGCACGUCGCCCGAUCAGCUACGGUACAGCCUUGACGGUAGCUACCCCACGCUGAUCUACACGGCCCCGUUUAGACUGAGUCUGCCGCCACCGUCGGUGCUUCCCUCGCAGCGCCUUCAGGUGAUUGUGCAGGCCAUCGCCGUGCACGCUGCCGCUGCGGCGUCCGGCGAUUGCUCCGCUGCCAUCUCGGCAUGCUCGCGGCUGGCCAGUGGCAGGGUGAGCGCCAUCUCUCGCGCUGUGCUGCUGGUGCGGCCUGCUGGGCUCUCGUACUUUGACCCACAGGUGCCGACGCCGUCCAUGCGGCUACGCGCCACCCGUGCCACGCUGUACUUUGACGAAUCGGACAACCCGCCACAGACGCAGACGCUCUACGAGCUCGUCUUCGUCGACGAGGCGCGGCGCAAGGUGAAGUUUAGUCGACAGCGCGCGCAGCUUUACGACGGAAAUCCUGUCGCGCUGACGGACAGCGUCGCCACUAUUCAUGCGUGGACAGUCAUGAGCAGCGCUGCUGCUGCGGAGGGGCUCAGUGACCGCGCUGAAGCUGCCGCAGAAGAUCGCGUGCGCAGCGUGCCAGUCAUCUACGACUGCAGCCGGGGGGCGACUGAGCGCGGCAAGCUCAGUCGCCGACGGAUCGAGCGGUACAACAUCCGUCCUGAGCAGCUGCUUCCGCCGCCGGUGAUUUGCGUGUCGUGCAGCGAGCUGCAGCUGAUCUUUGACGACCCACCAGCCAACUGCCUCAUCGCCUACACACUGAACGACACCGAGCCAGCGUUGUUCGACGUGAGCCCGCCGGCGUGCGCUGCUCCCAUGGGCGACGGCGCCGGCGGCGUCACACACGACAGUGACAAGGGGCGCAGUCGGCGGGGCAAGAGAGACGACCAUGCGAGCCCGAUUGUCGGCGAUCGGGACGGUGCGCACACCUGCAUCUAUCAACCUGGCAAGCACAUUCACGUGACGCUCAUGGAGACGCAGCAGGUCUACGUGACGGCGCGUAUUUUCCUGCCAAUAUUCGAGGGCAGCGAUGGAGCCUUGUACGGCGACAGAGGCGCGCAGGGAGGUAGCUGCUUGGGUAGUGGGAGAUUGCUGGGAUACCGCUACGGCGGCGUCUUUCAUCGCGGGUUCUACUUCAACAGCAGCUAA